CGAUGAUGUAGUGGAUACGAGUGCGGGUUGAAAACACGGGGAUACUAGGACCCCGCCCUUUUACCGUCCAUUAGUUAUUUAGUUAUUCUUACGGAUUUACAUCGCGAUAGAUUGUUUCCAUAUUAAGGCCAACCGCAAACGCAGCGUCAUGGGCGCUUGAUUAUGUUAAGACCCCUUUGUGCUUCCGUCGUAUUCUGUUCUUCGAAAAACUAUCCGUGUCUUUGGGGAAAUCCUCUUGUAUGGCACCACCACCUAUCACUUGAAAGACAACAACCUCAAACUGCAAUCACGCCAAUAAAAUGGAAUCACGCAAAUAUUCGGACCUCAUCAAGCAGAGUGACGGUCAGGGCAGCUCUGGGGACUUCUUGCAACCACCAAGAAAACUCGGGAAGUUUCUCAGUACUGAGGCAAACCUUGAUGCCAACAAACCAACCAAAGCACUAGCAAUCGGUCCAAGCCAAACCAUCGACAUCGACAUAGAUUCAGACACCAACGAGGAUUCAAAUACAGAAGAUGCGCUCUUUAUGUUGUAUUCUGAGCAGAACCAAAAGCGGAAACAACAGGAAAGGCACAACAAAAUAGAGGUAUCUGGGGUAAGCUACCUUCUAUGAAGUGCUGCCAGUGUGAGGAAAUGAAUCUGAAAAGCAACCAAUGCAGAUGUGAGCAUUCAUACUGUGGUGUAUGUUUUUGUGCUGGCGAUGAAUUCAAAAUGUCAUCAGCAGGUGAUUGUUUAGCAGAUGAGAAGAUUCCAGACAGCAACAAUGCUGAUAUUUUGAACGGGGUGAAAAAGGUAACUAAGGGCCUGUUCGGUGCGUCCGUACUUUUUGAAUGCAAUAGUGGAUCUCAUUAAAAAUAGUAUAUAUAC